AUUUAACUGGGAUAUAAUAUACUUUAACACAAAAAAGAAACCAAUUUUGGACCACCAUGUUGAGCUCUAACACAAAGUAUAUGGUGUAAACAUCUAAUGAUGUAAUUACAUAAAUCAGGAGCUCUGUGUUCAUUCAAAUGCACAUGAAAAUCUCCGCCUCUUGCUACUGUCAUGUCCUUGUAUGUCUACGAUGUCUCCGCCUCUCACUAUUUAAUUAAGAUUUGGACAAAGUGAUGUUUUGCACGCACACAGUGGAGGUGAUGCUGUCAUCUCCGAGCACGACUUAAACAAGCCCAAUUCCUCUCGUCCCUUCAAGCGCACAGCAUCUUAUUGCAAACAGAUCUUUUUCAUCCACAUCGUCUUGUAGAGAUCUUACAUUUUUUAAUCCCUCCCAUCAAGCAACUACCAAUUUCCAUCAACAUGGAUGAGUCUAUGGAUGACCACCAUUGGGGAGACUCUCUGUUUCCAACUUCCACCCUCAUCCCAGUCACCAUCAUUUGCCUCCUCCUCUUCAUCAUCGGUGUGACCGGCAACACCAUGACCAUCCUACUCAUCCAGCGCUUCAAGGACAUGAAAACCACCACCAACCUGUACCUCUCCAGCAUGGCCGUAUCAGACCUGGUCAUCUUCCUCACCCUCCCCUUUGACCUGUACCGCCUCUGGAAGUACGUCCCCUGGGUCUUCGGCGAGCUGGUGUGUCGUCUGUCGCACUACCUCCAUGAGGGAUGCACCAACGCUACCAUCCUCCACAUAACUGUACUGAGCAUGGAGCGUUACAUGGCCAUCUGCUUCCCUUUUAAAGCCAAGGCUGCCAUUAGCAAACGUAGGGUCAAGUAUGUCAUUCUGGCACUGUGGGGCUUCGCCUUGCUCUCCGCCGCUCCGAUGUUCUUCCUGAUGGGUGUGGAAUAUGAGAACGAGACGAUGCAUGACCCCAACACACGCCAGUGCAAGCACACGCGCUACGCCAUUGACUCCGGGCUUCUCCACACCACCAUCUGGGUGUCGACCGCCUACUUCUUCUGCCCCAUGUUUUGUCUGCUCUGUCUGUAUGGGGCCAUUGGACGCAAGUUGUGGAAGAGCCGUCAUGAGCUUCAUGGGCCUAAUGGAGAAGCCAGACAGAGGGUUCACCGACAGACUGUUAAGAUCCUGGCUGUUGUUGUGUUGGUGUUUGCCGUCUGCUGGCUGCCCUACCACAUCGGUCGAUUCCUCUUCACACACGUGGAUGACUAUCACUCCGCCCGCCUCAGUCAGGAUUUGAAUGUGGCUUCCAUGGUCCUGUUUUACUUCAGUGCCUCAGUUAACCCUGUUCUCUACAACCUCAUGUCCAACAAGUACCGCUCGGCUGUCAAACGCCUCUUCGUGUUGCCGCGCAGGCUCCACCAGAGGCACCUCUCAUCUCGCGAUGACAUCACCGCCUGCACGGACACUUUCGCCGGGGUAAAAGAGACCAUCGUCUCUACUGUAUCUCAUUAAAUUACGACUGGCAAGGAUUGUGGAAACAUGUUACACAGAGCACAGUCGUGUGGCUCUCGUGGUUAAUAUCGAGAAUAAAAUUAGACGAAAAUUAAUAAUUCACUGUUUUCAGUUGACGGGUUUUACUCAUAUACCUGUUAUUACACACGUGGCUGACUGCUUUGGUGGUACAGUAAUGAGUGAACAUGUUUGAUCCAUAUUAUGUUAUGGAUUUUUGUGUAAACAUAGCCUACUCGAUCAAGUGGAUUUUUAUAGCUGUUUUGGUAGAUAAUGUUUUCUUUUAUUGUAACCAACGCAAGAACGUAAACGUUAUGUGGCCUAAACAAAGAAUCGAUUACUUUUGAAUUGUUUUAAUUGAAUAGCCUACUCUGUAAAAAAACAUUUUUUAAAGAUUUUCUACGUAUGUUUUUUUUUCAAUGUCAUGUUGUUGUUUUUUUACAGGUUUUUGAUCUACGGUCAAAAACUGUAAAAUCACAGAAAACGAAAACAAAUUUACAAGAAAAACGGGGAAAACAAUUCCCUGAUAGCACACCUACAUAUGGCAGACAUCUAUUUGAUGUCUGCAUUUUCAUCUGCAAAACAUCUGGCAGAUGCUGUUUGCUCAUCUGCCCUACAUCUCUGAGACGUCUGCUGUCGGAUGUCAUAUAGACCUCUAGAAGAUGUCUGUAAGAUGUGUAGUGUAUGAUAUAGAAUGGAUGUACAACAGCUCUUUCUAAGACGUUUAGCAGAUGUUUUUACACAGCAGAUGUUUUCCAGAUCUCCAGAUCUUUAGCAGACAUCUUACAGAUGUACCUGUGCUAUCUGGGUUUAAUAUAUAUCCUGUUUCACCAGCUUACAGAACGUUUUGGUUUUUUAACAGAAUUUUAUAGGCCUACUGUGAAUAUAUAGGCCUAUACAAUACAAAUUAAUAUUAAUAUAAAUUAGGUGUUUAACAGACCCAGGUCAAAAGAGACAUUUUCCCAAUCCCCCAAAAUAAACAUGAAUAUUAUAACCCUGCUAUUUGCUUUUUUAGAUAUCAUGGUUUGCCAAGUCAGUGUGAGACUUAAAAUACAUAAAAGUAUUUAAAUACUUUAGUAUAGCUUCAAAAACAUCUCAUGUUCCAUGAUGUCUUGAAAUUCAGCAAAACCAACUGAGCUGAAAGCAACUAGUCAAAACAAAUACAGAAAGUUCAAAAGUUUAGGAUCACUUGAAAAAAAAUGUUUCUCGUGAUCUUGAAAAUCUAUUAAUCUGAAGGUGUAUUUCAAUGUUUGAAAUCAGGUUUGUAUAGACAUAUAAUUGUGCCAACAAAUAAUAAAUAAAAAGCGGUCAAUAAGAGUCCAACAUAUGAACAUUUCUUCAGUAUAAAAAGCUUCGAGACCUCAAGAAACUGGAUGAUAAAAUGCAGUGUACGAUCAAGUGGCUACUUUAAAGAUGCUAAAAUAGAGUUCAUUUAUUUUGGAUGCUUUAUAAUUCCCACAGCUACAUUUGUGUUAUUUCAUGGUUUUGAUGGGUUUAACAUUACACUAAACUGAGGGAAAAUAUAAAUAAAGAGUGAUCCUAAACCUUUGACCGGUAGUGUAUAAAUCGGUUUAAUGUUGUUUUGUGGUGCACCUGAGCCCUGCAAAUGAGAUGAUGCUGUACAUGCACACGUCUUCAUUCCUAACAACACUAUUGUAUUACACGGGCUCUUAGGCUACAUUAUGUCUUAUACUGGAACCACAAUCCAAAUCUUUAAAUUCAAAUUAAACCUGUUUACCACUCAGUCCAUCACAAAAGAACCCCUCUUUACGUCAUUCCCGCGGAGUUAUGUUAUGAUACAUAAUCUUGAAAUGUGACCCUUGAAUUAUGAUUAAAUUAUUCAGUUGUGUCCGAUUGCCUGUCUUUUCCUUUGCUCCUAUUCUUGUUUAUUGUGAUAAUAUAGGAUGGUAAAAUCAUUAGGUAUUGCUAUAUCGUUUUUUAUCUGUUAUUCUUUCAAAGAUUGCUUACGUUCCUCUCUCUUCUUCAUAUUUUUUGUGUAUUUUGAUGUGCAACUGUAGUAUUAACAGCAAGCCUUACAUCUGCUGUACUGUGUGAAAUUGGAAAA